CUUGUCAUUUCAGAUCUGAGCUUGAGACAUACAGAGGUUGAGGCAGAGCUAGAGCACGGUGUGCUUUUAUUUUCUUUCGUGUGUGUGUGUGUGUGUGUUAGCAAGGCAGUGGUUUAGAAACAGAACACACAUACAGUGAUUGGGAUUUCCUUUGAGUUAACAGCCGCAGGGUUUAAUCAUCGGUCAGCUGUCAGUGUGUUCAUUCUGUAUUGGAUUCUUUCUACUCACCAUGAGGUGCCUGUUGUUUCUGGGUCUUCUGUUAGUCAUACUGACCAAUAUGACUGCUUCUUCAUACUGUCCUCUGGGAUAUGAACAAGGGCCAAUCAUUUGUAAAGAUUACAAAGAAUGUAAAAACAAUACAUGUGGUGAUAACACAACUUGCCACAACACAGUGGGUAAUCCCUACUGUCAGUGUAAACCGGAGUACCAGCCGAAUCGAGUUAAAUUCACUGAAGAUCAAGGUGUACUAUGCAGCGAUGAGGAUGAGUGUGUCGAUAAAGAAAAUAGAUGUGGUAAUAACACAGUUUGUUACAACACAAUUGGUAGCUUCUACUGUCAGUGUGAACCGGGCUACCGGCCGGAAUUUGUUCACUUCACUGCAGCUGAAGGUGGACUAUGCGAAGACAUCGACGAGUGUGAAGGGAACCAAUCCAUCUGUGGUCUUAAUGCUGUGUGCUCUAACAAAAUUGGGUCCUACAUCUGCACAUGUGCUUCGGGUUUUGUGGCCAGCACCGGACAGACGCACUUCAACGCAAGCCAAAAUGUUAGAUGUAAUGACAUCGACGAGUGUGAAGGGAACCAAUCCAUCUGUGGUUUUAAAGCUGUGUGCUCUAACAAAAUUGGGUCCUACAUCUGCACAUGUGCUUCGGGUUCUGUGGCCAGCACCGGACAGACGCACUUCAACGCAAGCCAAAAUGUUAGAUGUAAUGAACUGCAGUGUGACAGACUUGGACACCUAUCAGUACAGAUCCCUACGCAGCUGCAGCAGGUUCUGGAUGAGUUGAAGAGCGCAUGUGUGCAAAAUGGAGCAAGUGGAGAGGAAAUGUUACAGAUUCUCAUCGAAGCAUUAGAAAGCUUUCUUUCAAAGACGUCUUUAACAAAUACCAAGCUCAUUACUGCAGUGUUCGAGUUGGUUGAAAAGACACUGUCGCUCGUAGGCCAGCUGAUGCUCAAAAGCCGUUUCAGCCAGCUAUCUUCUCAAACAGGAGUCGAGAUGUUGGUCCACAGAAAACCAACCGCUCCACGCGGUCCGUAUAAUUUGUCCACCAACGAAGUGCAAUUCCACAGCGACUGGGAAACAGCAGUGGGAGAUUCAUACCUGGGAUAUGCCUCUGCGGCCCUAUUUGAGUAUACAGAUGUGAACAUUUCACAAGUCAAGAGCUUUAUCAACAACAGUUUCCACGAACCAAAUAGCUCUGCAAAUGCAUUCGAGCUCAACUCUAGAGUUGUGACAAUAGAGGUCACAAACCCUAACACGGCUCAUCUGAAGAAACCUGUUACGCUCAGAUUCUCUCAUCUGCAGGAAGCGGUAAGGAAGGUAGCCUGUGUGUUCUGGGACUCAUCAACAGGAGGUGGUGUGUGGUCUAAUAAAGGCUGCGAUGUGGUCGAAUACAGCACCAGUUACACAGUCUGCUCAUGCAAACACCUCAGCAGCUUCGCUGUGCUAAUGUCGCUCUAUGAGCAGGAGGAUGUGUUUGAGCUUCAGCUGAUUACCUGGAUUGGACUCGCUCUGUCUCUAAUCUGCCUGCUCAUCUGCAUACUGACCUUCUGGCUUAUCCGCUCCAUCCAAAGCACCCGCACCACCAUCCACCUGCACCUCUGCAUCAGCCUCUUCAUCGCCGACCUCAUCUUCCUUGCCGGCAUCAGCCAAACAGAGUACAAGGUGGGAUGUGCGGUAGUGGCGGGUCUACUGCACUACUUCUUCCUGGCUGUGUUCUGCUGGAUGUGUCUGGAGGGUGUGCAGCUUUUCCGCAUGGUGGUGCUGGUGUUCAACACCACUCUGAGUCAUGGCUACCUGAUGGCCGCCGGUUACGGAGUUCCCGCCCUCAUUGUCGUCAUAUCAGCCUCUGUCAAUUACAAAGGAUACGGCACGCCACGCUACUGCUGGCUCAGUCUGGAAGAUGGAUUCAUCUGGAGCUUCUUCGGUCCUGUUUGUGUCAUAAUUGUUGUGAAUGCAGUCUUCUUUCUGAUAACUGUAUGGAAGCUGGCGGAGAAAUUCAACUCCCUCAACCCUGACUUAAACAACCUGACAAAAAUCAAGACAUUCACGAUCACUGCCAUCGCUCAGCUCUGCAUACUCGGCACCAUGUGGAUCUUCGGCUGUUUUCAGUUUGAUGAAAGAAUGCUGGUCAUGUCCUACCUCUUCACAAUCCUCAACAGCUUGCAGGGGGUGCUGGUGUUCAUCAUGCACUGUCUGCUUUCCAAACAGGUGAGAGAUGAGUACAUCCGUUUCCUGACUUGCCUGACUACACGACAGAAGAGCUCAUACUCCGAGUUCAGCACAAACCAGUCCAGCAAAUCCCAGGUAUCCAAAAGCAUUCACAACACGGGAGAGUCACGGAUCUGAAGCCGGAGUGCCUCGAGCGAUGCUUUACAAAUGCAAGUGUGACCUUGACUGCGUCUCCUGCGUGCUGAUUUUUCUGUUGUGAGGCUCGCGUGAGCAUAGGCUCAUCUGUUGAAUUAGCUGCUUUCUCAUUCUGCUGUCGUUACUGUUGUUGUUGUUGUACAUAGUCUCAGGUUAGUUGUGCUUAAGUCUAAAACCAUUAAUCUGCCACUCCAGUCAAAGUCCCACUCCAGUUCAGGCUUCAUUAAUGAAGCAUACUUUAUACAAUGUUCAAUACAUUAGAAAUAAAACACAAAAUUAGCCAAAAACGUUUGCCUCCAUGACACUGUGACAAAACACUGUCACUGGAGGCUCUUUCCUCACCAGACCAAUGAUCAUACAUUUUUCCUUCAUUAAACAACAUAUUUAUUUAUUCCGCCUAUUUAACCUCGAGUUAUUAGGUGCGUGCUCUGUUCAAGUCCUCGUGUACACUGUUACUAUAGAAACAGUACCAUUCGAAUGUAAUCAACACCUUCUGACCAAUCAGAAUCGAGACCUCGAUGAGAAUGCGCUGUGGUAAAAAGGUGAAGUGAUUAUUUACCAAGUACAGUUAGGAAAAGUUACAGUUACAGUGUGAUGGAGCUCACAGGAGGGCUUCAUCACACACUCGAUCACAGAUACGUGCUCGUAAAUGGAGUGUGUGUGUGCCUCAGGAAGGGCUCCGGUUUAAGAUUAAACCCAAAACGAAUAAGGCUUGACCUCAGACGAUCGCUUUCUUUAAUGAGAUCAACAAAGAACAACACCUUUCUGUCCUCAGAGAGCAUGUCACUAAUGCAGCUCAGUAGAAGCCACUGAUUCGGCGUUUAAUUGUACAGGCAACAGAUAAAAUAGCUGAAACGACAAUAAUGACAUUUUUUCCAGGCUUUGAUUCAUAAGGGAGGUGCAGGACAUCCUGAAAAAACCUUUUCUUCAUUUGAAUGUAUUUAUAAGUGGAUGUAUUUUUUUUUAAAUAUGUUUUUUUAAUACAGAUAAGUUUAUUGUAAUAUUUAAUGCUGAGCUUUAAAGUUAUUUUGAUAGACCUUUUUAUGCACUCUUGUUAGAAUGAAUGCUGCUUCUGAGCUAGAAAACAGACCUGCGCCUUUCUUUCAAGGACAUAUUUUGUAUUUUUAUUAAAAAUGUUCAGUCUUGUUAUUAUUAUUAUUUUAUUUUUAAAAAUAAGUUUAUUCAGUGCGAGUCUUUCUCUUGCGUUUUGUCUGAUGGUUUGAUGUUAUUGUUGUAAUUAAAUUUCAGAAAGAAAAAAUGUUCAGUCUUAUUACAGUCUUGUUAUGCAAAUGGCUGUGUGGUGCGUAUGACACACUUUUUUGUACUGUAUAUAUGAUGGAAGCUUCAGAUGUAAUGUACAGACAUAAAUGUUUAUAGCUGCAGGUACAUUCUGGUCCUUACUUCACCCAAAAAUAAAUAAUAUACUUUAAAAAAAAAAAAAA